AUUAUAUGUCAAAAUCAUAUGUUUGUGCGUGCGUGUGUGUGUUAGAAAAAUAAAAACUAAAUUUUUGUGGGAAUUUACUGUCGAUUUUUGUAAAUUGUAUUAUUUUGUAAAUAUUAAUAGAGAAUUGCUAAAAAUUUUAUAAAAAUGACUGACGAGGAAAUUAUCAAAAAGCGUUUGCUGAUUGAUGGUGAUGGCACCGGCGAUGAUCGGCGUCUCAAUAUGCUACUUAAACAAUUUCUUAAAUGGAUGUAUUCUAAAAAUGAUUCGCCGGAAAAUAAUCAAAUUAUCUACGAUCGUUUAAUGGCCCAAUUAGCUCAAUGUCAGUUUGCAGCCGCCAAAACUGAACGUACAAGUCAAAUGAUUGAUGAGGAAUUGGAAAACUAUCAAAAACUCUCGAAAACGAUAGAGAAAAACAUUGAAGUGGCCAAACUUGAAUUGGAGGAAAGUAAGAAAGAAUUAAUUAUAGCCAAACAAAUACGUAAGAAUAAAAUGGAAUACGAUCAAUUGGCGAAAGUGAUAAAACAACAGCCGGAUCGUAAAGAAACCCAAAAACAUAUAGAAUGUUUGCAAAAGGAAUUGGCCGAAUUAAAUGAGAAAAAACUUAAAUUGGAGCGUAAAUUUGAAAAACGUCAAAAGGAUUUCUCGGUUCUAAUGUAUGCAGUGCGUGAGUUGGAAGCCCAACUGGUGGAGGACAGUUCAAGCGAUGAUGAGGACAGCAAGUCGGAUGAGGAUGUGGUGGUGGGAUCUGGCAGCAGCAAUAUUACGACAGCAAAUCAUCCCAUUAUCGAAGGUUUGAGUGAUGAUGAAAUGGAGGCUGGCUCUCAGUCUGGUAAAGUUGUACGUCAUAGUAGAGGUCUAAUGGAAAGAGAUGUUAAAGAAGAAGUCGAUGAUGCCGAAGUUGAUGAUAACAAAAGCAUCAAAGAGCCCAUGGAUGAAGAUGCUGUGCUAGAGUUAAGCAUAGAUAAAGAUGAAAGUGAUGUUAAAAUGGAGGAAGUAGCUGGUAAUGCUACUUGAAAAGGAACAAAUAAAAAAAUUCAUAUUAAAAAAUAUUGUAUGCAUUUAUCUUAUAAGUUUUUCAUAAAUAAAAUCUUAAAACAAACAAUAA